GCUGUAUCAGAACCGACUCCGUCAGUCUGUGAGCCGGUGACCAUGAAGCCUCUAGUUGUUCUGUGUGCUCUCGGCCUAUAUUUCCUGUCGGGAAAUGGCAUGGAGUUACCUCGGGAAAAACGCGGCGUCCCCGACACGAACAGCUCACCCGGUCGCCACGGCGGGGACAACACCUGGGUCAAAGGUCAGUUCAAGGCCGACGACAACAACGACGACGCGAGUUCUGAGGAAGACAACAACGACAACGGUCCUGAAAACAGAAGCGGGCGUCACCCCGGGCGUGGGGGUAGCACUGGCUACCUAGGAGGGGCGAGGCUUGGCCCCAAGCCGCCAGAGAGAGAUCCCCCCAGCAAAGGACAAGGGGGCAGCCGGGGUGGGUAUGACGAGCAGCCGUAUAAAGGUAGCAGUGGCUACAACACUGGAUAUUCGAAUAAAGGUAGCACUGAUUACACUAAUGAGGAGAAUGGAAACUACGGCAGCACGUAUAGAGGAUGGAGCAGCGACAACAAUGGCCAAGCUAACGAGCAGCUGAACAAAGGUAGCAGUGGCUACAGUGCUGGACAGUAUGGUAGCAAAGAUAAAGGUCAGAGUAACUAUGACCAAAACAACAAAGGUAGCGGUAGCUAUGGUGCUUGGCAAGACAGCAACGACGAUGACUCUUACAAAGGUAGCAGUGGUUACAAUAAGGGACAAGACAGCAGUGAUUCAAACAAAAGGCAAUCUUACAAAGGUAGCAGUGAUCAAGACUGGGGUAAUACUUACACGAACACCGGUAGCACUGGCUACACUGGCGGUCAAGAUGCUACCUAUGGCUACCCCAACAAAGGUAGCGGCGGCUACAAUCUGGGACAGACGAAAGAAGGAACUUACGGCUACUCUAACAAAGGCAGCACCAGCUAUGGUAGUGGUCAAGAUGGAAGCUAUGGUUCUUAUAACAAAGGUAGCAGUGGCUACAACCAAGGUAGCACUAGCUACGGCCAAGACCAGCCCUACGUCUAUUCUUUCAAUGGUAACAAAGGUGAUGUCGCUCCUACCAGGUGCGGCGGUGCCUCCAACCCUUGCAGAACAACUGGCACCAAAGGCAGCGACAGCUACAGUGGCUACAAGGGCAGUCAAGUCUGGGACGACUCGCCCUUUGCCAACUCCGGCAAAGGACAAACGGAUACCGGCAUCUUCCACAAGCAGCUGAGGAAGGGAGAUGAUCAAGACGACGAUGGGGACAAAGGUCGUCAAGGUCACGGCCGUCAUCGACGUAGUUCCGGGUCAUAUUCCGGAGCCAGCAAAGGUUGGGGAGGUGUUGACACCAGUAUAUACUACGACGAUUCAAACGAUCUGGCAGAUUAUGAUGUUGUGUACGUUACCAACGGUCAAGGUGGGAACAGGAAUUACGGGGGUGGGUCUGUAGGAACCGGUGGGGGGUACGGAAAUUAUGGAGUGAACAGGGGUUGGGGUGGUGGAUCCGGGGGGUCUGGAGUAGUGAGAAGUGGGGGGAGUGGGACCAGUUUUGGGAAUGUUGGGGUGAGUCGGGGAUGGGGUAGUGGUGGGGGUUAUAGUGGGUCGGGGGUGGUUAGAAGCGGUGGAGGCGGAACUAGUUUUGGGAACGCUGGUGUGAAUAGAGGUUGGGGUGGGGGCUCCGGUGGAGGAAAUUACGGUGGGUCUGGUAUGACCAGGGGAGGUGGUGGAAUGGGCGGUGGAAACUACGGUGGAUCAGGAAUGAACAGAGGUGGUGGAGGUGGUGGAAUGGGUGGUGGAAACUACGGUGGAUCAGGAAUGAACAGGGGUGGUGGAGGUGGUGGAAUGGGAGGUGGCAACUACGGUGGAUAUGGAAUGAACAGGGGUGGUGGAGGUGGUGGAAUGUCAAUGGGUGGGGGUAACUACGGUGGAUCUGGGACUAGCAGGGGUGGAGGAGGUAGCUACGUUUCUUCUGGUAUGGGCGUGGGAAACGGCAACAGAUACACAGCCGUUGCAAGCUAA